GUCAUUUUUUCCAUCAAAAAUCACACUAUAACAAUUUUUUGAGCUACUUUUUGAAAUUGAAGUGUGAUUUUUUUAUCUUUAUAACUUUGCCGGAAAGAUGGCCGGAGGUGGUGGCGGCGGCGGUGGGAAGUCCGAUGAACCAGCUCCACACCCACCUAAAGAUCAGUUGCUUGGUGUUACUUACUGCAUUACUAGUCCACCCCCUUGGCCUGAGGCUAUUCUGCUCGGUUUUCAGCAUUACUUGGUUAUGCUUGGGACAACUGUUAUCAUUCCCACGGCUCUUGUUCCUCAAAUGGGAGGUGGAAACGAGGAGAAAGCAAAAGUUAUCCAAACUCUACUUUUUGUUGCCGGGUUGAACACUUUGCUGCAAACUUUGUUUGGUACUAGGUUGCCUACUGUGAUCGGUCCCUCAUAUACUUAUGUUGCACCGACAAUUUCAAUUAUCUUGUCUAGUCGAUGGAACGAUCCUGAUCCUAUAGAGAAAUUCAAGAAGACAAUGCGUGCGAUCCAAGGUGCUUUCAUUGUUGCUUCGACACUUCAAAUUGUUUUGGGCUUCAGUGGUCUUUGGCGAAACGUUGCAAGAUUCUUAAGUCCCCUUUCGGCCACUCCUUUGGUCGCUCUUGCUGGUUUUGGGCUCUAUGAAUUUGGAUUCCCGGGGGUCGCCAGAUGCGUUGAAAUAGGGCUACCUCAGCUCAUCAUUGUAGUUAUUUUAUCGCAGUAUGUGUCUCAUAUGAUACAUUCAGGAAAGGGGAUUUUUGAGAAAUUUGCUGUUCUGAUGUCAAUUGCUAUUGUUUGGAUUUAUGCUCAUUUGCUUACUGUUGGUGGGGCCUACAACCACACGCCACCAAAAACACAAACUAGUUGUCGAACUGAUCGUUCUGGAUUGAUCGAGGGUGCACCAUGGAUAAAAGUUCCAUAUCCAUUUCAAUGGGGAGCACCCUCAUUUAAUGCUGGUGAAACUUUUGCGAUGAUGAUGGCUUCAUUUGUGGCUCUUGUGGAGUCCACUGGCGGCUUCAUUGCUGUUUCAAGAUAUGCUAGUGCAACCCCUGUGCCUCCAUCUAUUCUAAGCCGUGGUGUCGGUUGGCAGGGAGUUGGCAUUCUCAUAUCUGGCUUGUUUGGAACUGUGAAUGGAUCAUCGGUGUCUAUUGAGAAUGCUGGUCUCUUGGCUGUGACCCGUGUAGGCAGCCGAAGAGUUGUACAGAUCUCUGCAGGGUUCAUGAUAUUCUUUUCAGUUCUUGGUAAAUUUGGAGCUGUCUUUGCUUCAAUCCCUGCACCUAUUGUUGCUGCUCUGUAUUGCCUUUUUUUCGCUUAUGUUGGUUCAUCGGGUUUGAGUUUCCUUCAAUUCUGCAACCUUAACAGUUUCAGAACCAAGUUCAUUCUAGGCUUUUCCAUCUUCUUGGGCUUGUCUAUCCCCCAAUACUUUAAUGAAUAUGAAGCUAUCAAUGGUUAUGGUCCUGUCCACACAUCUGGAAGAUGGUUCAACAAUAUGGUGAAUGUUCCAUUCUCAUCUGAAGCUUUUGUGGCUGGGAUUCUGGCAUAUUUUCUGGACAACACACUUCAUAAGGAUAGUUCGAUAAGAAAAGACAGAGGCAAGCAUUGGUGGGACAAGUUCCGUUCUUUCCAAACUGACUCAAGAAGCGAAGAAUUCUACUCGUUGCCAUUCAAUCUGAACAAAUACUUCCCAGCUGUGUAAGGUGAAAGAGCAUGAAUACCAACAAUUGUUGUUCUUUUUACUCAAAUAUGUAUCUAAUUUUGUGCCAAGUUAGUCCGAUUUCAAUCAUAUCUCACUCAAAUGAUUCUUAGAACAUAUGCUUAUAGUCGUUUAAUUGCUGUACAUCUAAUGGGUAAGAAUUAAGAUGGAGUUGAAGCAGAAUGGAUUAGUUUUGUUGCUUUCCACUUCUUAAAUACAUUGUCCCCCACUUUUGUAAUAGAAAAAUUGAUCUCUAAACGCGCACAUGUAUUUCAA